ACAACUUUGCUGUUCCACAAGUUGGCAGGGCCAAACUACUGACGAAAACAAACAAAAUUUUAUAUAAGGUUUUAAAAUAAUUUCCCAUAAAUACAAAUGCCGCCCAACCUAAAUGCAGAGCGCGAUAAUCCCUGCCUAAAGGAGCAGGAAUUGUCAUUCAAGUGCCUCAACAAAAACAACUUUGACCGUGACAAGUGCGAGGUUUAUUUUGUUAAUUAUAACAAUUGCAAAGAGUUUUGGAACAAGGUACGAGCGGACCGUCGCGGCAAGGGAAUAGCACCAUAUUUGCCGCCCCUGGAGGAACGCGAUGCCAUCAAAGCGGAAUAUAUGAAAGCGAAACCCGCACAAAGUUGAUAAACAUUGAUUUUUUUGUAUA